AUGAGUAUCUUUUCGCCCAAUCACGUCGCAUCUUGUCAAUCCUUCUCUUCAUUAGUAAAGACGCAAUGGCGACGUCUCGCAACGAGAAUGUGCAGCUCAACCACGCUGCGCCAGCGCGUCCUGACGCAGUUACAACCAAGCGGCAGUGUCUCCCUGUAGCCACGUCUUCUUCUCGCGCGAUUUACCGCGUGUUUGACGUGGAAACUCUGCUGCAAGGACUGUUAGCAAUGCUGGACUUAUCUUCAUUGGUUAGUCUUCUGGAGGUUCUGGCAGUUGACGACUCCUGGCGAAGCGUGCUGAGCCACGAUCAUCUCUGGAAGGAGAUGCUCAACACGCACUUUGGAGGAAACUUGCCACCCGCUGAGCAGUUUAACGACACUGAAGAACAAGAAGAGUCCGAACAAGAAGACGAAGACGAUGAGGAAAGAGAAGAAGAAGACGACGAGGAUGAGCCUGAUCUUAUUGAGAUCCUGGAAGUCGACGUCGAAAUGGACGACGACGCUUCUCUAUUGGGAGAAGAAGAAGAAAUAGAGAAUGAGGAUGACGCGUCGGACGUGGAGUUGAUCCCACGACCCAGAGCAACACGCAGUAUCAACCAGACGUCGACAAGACCGGAGAAUACGGAGUCUGUUGCCGACACCAGACAAGCGCCUGCAGUCUCUUGGAUUGCCGGAGUGCCGAGCAAAAAGGUUCUUGACGCAGCCUGUCCGGAUCUGAAAGAGUUUUUGCAGUCUGCCGUGCAGUUAGUUCAUUUUGACACACACGUUGAGAUCCUUAGAGGAGAUAUUGGAGAGAUCCAGACUGUUGGGGAUCAACGAGUAGACGGGUUGGCCUUCCCAACGUCCUCGUUCCUUAGAAACCCACACACUGGUGCAGCGUCGGUGAUCUUUCGACGUGCGGGGCAAGGUCUUACUGACUAUGUUCCGACCAUGGGUAUCCAACUUGAUGUUGGGGACGCAAUUGCGACUCCGGGCUUUGAUGCUGGUGUGGAUAAACUCAUUCAUUGUGUGGGUCCGAGUGGAUUUAAUCUACAUUGUUUGAGAGAUUUACAACGCACGUACAGGAGCGUACUACGUUGCAUUCAAGAAGAAAAUCUGACGUGUGUAGCCAUGGCGUCCAUCUCUACGGGCAAUAUGGGGAUGCCGGUUGACAAUGCCGCGUGGUUUGCGUUGUGUGCUAUCCAGCGUUAUAUGCGCUCUACGGAUUGGACAGCGACGAUUGCCAUCGUGUGUUUUGAGGCGCAAGUGUAUGCUGCGUUUACCAAAAGCAAGAGGAAGCUGGUGGAGCAGUUUAACGCGGAUGCACUGCGCGCGAUCCCACCACUGCGAAACCGGUAAAUUCGUUGCGAGACAUUGGAAUCGACCGGUAUUCGGCACUAUUUCAUUUUUUAUUUAGGUCAAAACCUGUGGAAGUCGUGUCAGUUUGUAAUAGUGAAAAAGACAAGUAAGAGAAAAAUAUCCUUAAUAUAUGGAGAUCUUAAUGAAUUUAC